AUGGCUAGCACAUUUAAUGUGACCGAAUUCAUUUUUCUGGGACUUUCUUCUAACCAGAAUGUGCAGAGAAUUUGCUUUGUGAUAUUUCUGCUCUUGUACACAGCAAUUGUGCUGGGGAACCUCCUCAUUGUGUUCACUGUCUUGACCAGCAGAAGUCUUGGUUCCCCCAUGUACUUCUUCCUCAGCUACCUGUCCUUCGUGGAGAUCUGUUACUGCUCUACAACAGCCCCCAAACUCAUCUUAGAUCUACUGGCAAAAAGGAAAACCAUAUCUCCAUGGGGCUGUAUGACACAGCUAUUCUUCAUCCACUUCUUUGGUGGCACUGAGAUCUUUCUGCUUACUGUGAUGGCCUAUGACCGCUACGUGGCCAUCUGCAAGCCCCUCUACUAUACCACCAUCAUGAACCGCCAGGUAUGUGCUGUCCUCAUAGGAAUAGCUUGGGUAGGAGGAUUUGUGCAUUCCUUUGCCCAAAUCAUUCUCAUUUUCCAUUUGCCCUUCUGUGGCCCCAAUGUGAUUGACCACUAUUUCUGUGACCUGCUUCCCUUGCUCAAACUUGCCUGCUCAGAUACCUUCCUCAUUGGUCUGCUUAUUGUUGCCAAUGGUGGGACCCUGUCUGUGAUCAGCUUUGUGGUCCUUGUGGCAUCCUACGUGAUCAUCUUGUUCCAUCUGAGGUCCCAGAGUUCGGAGGGGCGACGUAAAGCUCUCUCCACUUGUGGGUCUCAUAUUACUGUGGUUGUCUUGUUCUUUGGGCCCUGCAUCUUCAUCUAUAUGAGGCCUUCCACCACCCUGACUGUGGACAAGAUGGUGGCUGUGUUCUACACAGUGAUAACUCCACUGCUCAACCCUGUCAUCUACUCCUUGAGAAAUGCUGAAAUGAAGAAGGCAAUGAGGAAGCUAUGGACAAGGACAAUCAAACUAGAUGUGACUUAG